GAUGGAAGUCUCAGCAGAAACUUCCAAAUUCCAAUUCUCUCGAGGUGCUACCCACUUUCCCCCUCCCCUCGAGCAUGGUAGGUCGGAUCCACGCAGUGUGGAGAUUCUAUCGCUGAAUCUAUUCCCGAUAGGUAGUUCGGAGGAGCUGACUACCCAGCAUUAUCACUCGGACCUUGAUUUAAACUUUAUCCUUUGGAGAUCCGGACCACCCAGGAAACAAAAAGGAAGCAGCAAUAUAUCCUCAACACCCUACCACCAGAGCUGACGCCAGUACGUGGCAGUAACCCUUACUGCCUUUCAAAUCUUCAUCACAUCCAUGCUUUCUUCUGAAUUUUGAUCAUAUUUGACAUCAGAGCUGAACAUCUUGGGUUGACCGAAUGCCCGAAUUUUUGAUGUAGGAUUUUACCAAUUUCAAAACCGGCAACUAUCAUCCGCAUUGAACAAAAACUAUCCUAAAAGUUACAUCAAGAUUUUUCCAUCUCUCAUCCAAGCAUCAUUCAGAUCGAUCAAAACUUCAAUUGCUAUUUCCUCCAACGUCACUUCUCUAAGCGCACUCCCAAAAGAGUCAUUGAUGGCUUAGAUAUCUGUACAGUAGCGCAACACAUCAUUCGCUGGCUAAAUGGUGCCGUAUAAGCCACACCAAAAAUUUAUGUCAACAUCUCCGGAGAACAUCACUUUGAUACCAACAUGAAUUAUUUCCGUUUUCAAUUACAAAACUCGUGAUUUUUUUGGUGAUUCACUAUCGAUUGCCGCGCCUCAACGGUCUGGAAUGUAAAAUAUCAAAACUUAAUUUGUGCGUGGAAUGCGAUUCACGGUUUAUGGGAUCUAAGAAUGCGGGGAAUUGUGAUAUCAACAUUGACCAACGAUCUCAAAGCUCAUUGACCCUCGCCCCCCUUAAGUUAGAUAGCAGCUCGAUAUCAGACGAUAAAGAUUGCCACUUAAAAUGCUGCUCAUCGCCCCAAUAUUACAAGUCAUACUUUUCUUAUCGAUCGCGUCCUCCCUCGCUGUGUUAAGUCCAGCUGGAAGUAUCGGGUCCAAAGCGACUGCCCAGGAUGGAACAUGCGUCAAGCAAGGUGGUCUCUGUGCCCAAUCAUCUUGCUGUAAAAACUCGGGCCUAGCAUGUCGACCAGACGGCUAUGGCAUGCAUUUUUGCGAACACGAGGAAGGUAGUGCGCUUCCGAUUACCAGAUCGACAUUGGAUACUUUCCAUGAGAUUCUUCGAGCACUUGGGGGAAGGGCUUCGACGGUUUUGAAUACCUUCGCUCUUCAGUCUGAACAUCAGGAGGUUGAUGAAGGUGUUGGGAUGAAAAUAGAAGUUUCUUUGAGACUAGGUGAUGAAACUAUUACUGCGAGGAAAACUUGUAGUAAAGCCGGCUUAUCAUGCGAUUUUCACAAAGGUGAACACUGUUGCUCCUCACUUGUUUGCCACACUUCCCGAACUUCAAGCAUAAGUGAAUGCCGUCCACCUUCUGAUGUAAAGUCUGAAGACGAAGAAACUCUGAAUGUAUUGCGGAAACCAUAUCUGUCACUUGAACAGAACUUGAACUCGAACUCGAAUACAGAUGAAAGCCUUGAGCCAAAAGAAGAGAAGAAAGAAGAAGAAAGUAAGUGGGAUUUUCUAGAGGCAAUCAAAAUGCCGCCUAGACUGGACGAUAUCACCGAAUUGCCUAAGUGCAAACCAAUGAACAUGAAAUGCAACCCCAUAAGCGGCAUCAAAGUUUGCUGUCCAGACUUAGACUGCAUGCAAGUAGGCCCCGCAUACGAAGAUUUCGAAUGCAGGCAGGCUCUGGAAGAUCUGGACGAAGAAGAAGCUACCGCAUCUUCAUACAAGGAGAAAAUUGGCAGUACAUCGCAGUGGUUUCUUGAUGGGGCGAAAAGUUAGAAAUCUAUUAUAAUUGGGGAAGGAAUUGAGGGACAGAAAUGGGGAAAGUGAAAGGUCUGGCGAUGAUGAGCUUUUAUCUUACUAAUUUCGCAGUGGGAUGGUAUAGGCGAAUAGGUGUUAAAGGACAUGACAGGAAUGGGCGAAUAGAAUUCUGGUAAUGGGUAUUAGGGAAUUGUGUGUCUUUUGGAUUGAAAAGACAGAAGUUUGGGAUAUGGGUAGCUGACUGUGUGUGGUCUUGAAAAAUAAUUGAAGAUUCAAAUUCUAUACUAAGGAGCUGUUUUGAUCAAUCGUACUACAAUGGAAAAGUAAGAAGCUCGUUGUUCAAUGAAUAUUUACGAAUGAAAUCUGCCUAGCACAUCGAAUUGAGUGGGAAGUCAAAACUGGAGGAUAUGUCGACUUUUCCUAGGCCACUGAAGUCAGUUCAGCCAUUGUAAUAAUAAUAAAUGUUUACUA